CGCCUUGGUUGGCUACCUGGUGGCCUUCCACAAUCCUGCCCACGACAUCCGUCCUACACCCUCUCACGAUCCCAUGCUAUAACUUGUCUCAACAUGCACGACCGUCUGUUCGUCCCUACCACCAUCCCUGAUCGUAUGUCAUUCUUACUAAAUAUGCCCACUACAAGUAAGCCCGUCGUACCCACAUAA